AUGUCAAAAAUUCCAAGAAGUUUUAGAUUGUUAGAAGAAUUAGAAAAUGGUGAGAAAGGUCUAGGCCCCGAAUCAUGUAGCUAUGGGUUAGCCGAUGCAGAUGACAACACAAUGACAAAUUGGAAUGGUACAAUAUUAGGUCCACCUCAUAGCAACCAUGAAAACAGAAUAUAUUCACUGGCUAUUGAAUGUGGUCCAGAAUAUCCAGAUCAACCACCAAAGGUCAAGUUUAUUUCAAAGGUGAAUUUACCUUGCGUGGAUCAAACCACUGGAGAUGUUAUAAUUGGAGAUUUUCAUACAUUGAAGGAAUGGAAGAGAUCAUAUUCUAUGCAAACUGUACUAUUGGAUUUAAGAAAAGAAAUGGCAACGCCAACAAAUAAGAAAUUACCUCAACCAAAGGAAGGUGCAACUUUUUAA